AUGAAGCAAUACAUGCGCACAGUGCACUCGUUUAACGCCAGUGUAUCCUUCACAUCAAUUCAACAGCUAAACCGGCGUCUGGCCAACUGGUCCUCACUCCCGACGCCUUCGCUGCCCAUGUCUCCAGCGGCUGCGGCCCCUCUCCCGGGCGUCAUGACGUGCAGCUCGUUGCGCUCUACAGGCUCGUCCGUCUCCGUGACGCGUCCGACCGCCACGUCCGCCGUGGCAGCGGCGUCUCCUGCCGUGCGCGCGCUGUGCUCGGGUGCCGUGGCAGGCGUCGUGGCCGACUCGAUGCUGCACCCGCUGGAGGUGAUCAACUUGCGCAUGAAGAUCCAGCAACAGCCUAGUGCUAAGUACAGCGGGAUCUUGCGCUCCGUUCGCACGAUCCUUAAAGAGGAGGGCGUGCGCGGCUACUUCGGCGGUCUCAGCACCACGUUAUUGGCUUCUCCCGUGUGUGCCGCAAUGUAUUUCGGCACGUACGAGACGCUCAAGGCGACAGCUGCCCCACUUGUUCCCGAAGAGCACCGUGGCGUGGUUUAUUUCCUGGCUGGAGCGGCUAGUGAGGCCAUCAUCUCGGCGGUCAGUGUGCCAUCCGAGGUCAUUAAGUCGCGACUGCAACUCGGACGCAAUCCCCGCAAUGCCAGUGGAGGAGUCGUCAAGUACACACAGAACUAUAGAGGCACAGCACACGCAGCCAAGUCGAUAUUGCGAUCCGAAGGAUGCGACUCAUGA